UCCACUCUUUUCUUCUUUUCUUUCAAGUGGUUUUAAAUAAUAUUUUCUCCGUCCAAGAAUAUAUAAAAUUAUAUUUUUUUAUGAAAAAAAGUUUCUUAACUAUAAGCUAUAUUUGUAGCCUUUGUAAAGUUAGCAUUUUUCUCCCAGAAAAUCUGUAUAUUGAUGCCAAUCAUUACAAAGCUGUGAACUUUUUCAAUAAAUUAAUCUCCCAACCUCCUUCUCUUGAUCCCCAAAUGACAUUUGUUGUUAAACAUUAAACACCUUGGGGAUCGUGAUGAUAAUAAAGAGGUCGUGUUCAUCAUCAUUAAUUGUGGGAUUAUUGUCAAAUCACCAACGUUGUUGUUGGUCUUGUUCAAUGGCUGCCAAUUCAUCUUCAGCUUUGGUUAGAUAUAGUUACAAAGAUGCAUUUGAAUUGGAUAAUUGUAAUGGGUUUCAAUCUUUAGCCCUAAAGUUUAAACCUUUUUCAAGAACAGUGUGUGUGAAAUCUUGUGGUGACAAGAUUAAUGAACUUGGGAAUGAUAAGUUGUUGUUUAAGGGUAGAAGGCCUAGGGCUUUUUCGCAAUUCAUUGGUGGGGGUUCUGGGAAGAAGAGUCAUGGGCUUGUUGAUCAAGUGUUUGAUAAUACUGGAGGGUGUCAUACUCUUGGAUUUCCAGACCCUCCUAAAUUGGUGGUUGCUGUUGAUGUUGAUGAGGUUCUUGGAAACUUCGUGUCAGCCUUAAAUAGAUUUAUUGCAGAUCGCUACUCUUCUAAUCAUUCUGUUUCAGAAUACCAUGUGUAUGAAUUCUUCAAGAUUUGGAACUGCUCCCGGAAAGAAGCUGAUAUCCGUGUUCACGAAUUUUUCAAGACAUCUUAUUUCAAGAAGGGGAUCCAUCCAAUUCCAGGCGCUCAGCAGGCUCUUCAGAAAUUAUCAAGAUUUUGCAAUUUAUCAGUAGUGACGUCACGUCAGAAUGUAAUUAAAGACCACACUGUUGAAUGGAUUGAGAGGCAUUUUCCUGGACUGUUUCAUGAGAUUCACUUUGGCAAUCACUUCGCAUUAGAUGGCCAGUCUCGUCCAAAAUCAGACAUAUGCAGGUCCCUUGGAGCGAAAGUCUUGAUUGAUGAUAACCCAAGAUAUGCUGCUGAGUGUGCUGAGGCUGGUAUCAAAGUUUUGCUUUUUGAUUAUGAUAACACAUAUCCGUGGUGCAAAGUAGAGUCCGUUGCUCAACACCCCCUUGUCGUGAAGGUACACAACUGGGAAGAGGUGGAGCGUCAAUUGGUUUCUCAAGUUGUUUCAUAGAAUCUUGUUCUUAGCCAUUAGGAUGCUUUAGUUACUACCAAUCCCUCCCUACUACCAAUCGCAUAUCUGAACUUUAACACAACAUAUUAUGCAGUUCAGCUCAAACGGUAACAGCUAGUUGGAAUGUGGAGUAUACACUCGGUUUUACAAUAGGGAAAUACUUUGUUAAUUUAAACCAACCCAAACUCCAAACCGAUACCACCAAAAUUCAAUGCUAGUUUUUCCUCUCAAUCUUUGAUUUACAAGAAAUAUGGCUUUGGCAGUGUUCACCUUUUAUAAUUACAAGGGGAGAGCGGAUGAAGAAAUCUUAAUUCAUUUUAAUACUGGAUAAUAUUCACUCGUAUGUUGUCCCUUAUCUUUUUUGAAGAACCAGUACAUUAUCCUAUUAGUAGAACAGCUAUGGACUUUGGCCUUUGAUUGCA